UAAACCUAAACACAAAACUCUUCGCAGAAACAGAGCAUAAACGCCGAGAGAGAAGGAGAUCUACUAGAAGAAGAUAUUAUUAUGCGACGAAGAUGAGGAAGCCGAAGCUACACUAAGAGAAUCUAAGAAGAGACUAAGCGCGUGCUCUUCCAAAAGCAUCUUCGAUCACACCGACGAGCGAUCUUGAUUCAUUUUUGUGUUCUUGUGGAAUAUUUUUUUAAUAGGUUGUGAGAGAGCCGUGAGACGAAAGGAAGUUUGGUGUAUACACAUCUUUCCUUGUGGUUUGUUUGUAUAAAAAAAAAAUGGAGGUCGUGGCAAAGAGUAACUCCAAACGUAUGUAUUCAUGGUGGUGGGAUAGUCACAAUACCCCCAAAAAUUCUAAAUGGCUUCAGGACAAUCUAGCUGAUAUGGAUAGUAACGUGAAGAAAAUGAUCAAGGUUCUCGAGGAAGAUGCAGAUUCUUUCGCCAGGAGAGCUGAGAUGUAUUACCGCAAACGUCCUGAGCUUAUGCAACUGGUCGAAGAGUUUUACCGUGCGUACCGCGCAUUGGCCGAAAGAUAUAAUCAUGCAACCGUCGUGAUCCAUAAGGCUCAUCAGACUAUAGCAGAAGAGCUCCCCAACCAAGUUUCCUUCAUAUUCGGCGACGAGUCUCAUGCUGGUGCUGACGGUGACCCACAAACUCCGGAUAUGCGUCCUCCUAUCCGAGCUCGGGGUGACCCGGACGAUGUUCCGUUUGGGAAAGCAAGAAAAGGACUGAAGUUUGAUGAUGGAGAUGAAACAGUUUCGGAAUCCAAACGAGCUAGCAAAGCUGAGGCUGAAGUUGCGGCUUUAAAAGACUUCAUUUCUAAAAUGGAAGCUGAAAAAGAAACCACCUUAGCUCAGUUUGAGAAGAGCUUGGAGAGACUCUCAAACCUAGAAUCCGAAAUCUCUCGUGCGCAAGAGGACUCAGCUAGACUUAAUGACAAAGCGUCGAGCGCAGAAGCUGAGAUCCAAAUACUCAGAAAAGUCAUUGAGAAGCUAGAGUCUGAAAAGGAAGCCAGCUUUGUUCAGUAUCAGCAGUGCCUGCAGAGGAUAGCUGAUUUGGAAGAAGCGCAUAAGGAUGCUGGAGAAGUUGAAGCUGAGACUCUCGCAUUGAAGGAGAGCCUUGCUGACAAGGAAGCAGCUCUGGACAAUUACAGGCAAUGCUUGACAACAAUAUCUAAUUUAGAAGAGAGACUAAGGAAGGCUGAGGAAGAUGCAUGGAUUAUCAACGAGCGGGCUGAAAUGGCUGGAGUAGAAGUUGUAAACUUGAAGCAAACUAUCUCGAAACUGACUGAGGACAAAGAAGCUUCGGAGCUUCAGUACCAACAGUGUUUGAAUAUAAUCGCGGAUCUAAAACUCAAACUGUACUCUGCUCAAGAAGAAACCAAAAGGUUUAGCAGUGAGUUAGAGGACGAAGCUGCUAAACUCAAGUUCUCCGAGGAGAAAUGCACUGUGCUCGAGAGAUCAAACCAGAAUCUCCACUCGGAGCUUGACGUUCUCUUGGAGAAACUGGGGAGUCAAAGCCAGAAGCUCACCGAGAAGCAAACGGAGCUGGUCAAGCUGUGGAGCAACGUGCAAGAAGAGCAUCUGCGUUUCCAGGAAGCUGAAACCGCGUUUCAAACGCUGCAGCAGUUGCACUCCCAGUCUCAAGAGGAGCUAAAUAACUUAGCUUCGGAGCUUCGGAGCAAGUCCCAAAUCAUCAACGACUUGGAGAUGAGAAACAACGAGAUGCACGAGGAGAUUCAGCAAGCCAAGGUUGAAUCUCUCUCUUCGGUAGCAUCAGUGAAGAGUUUGCAAGAGGAUGUCUCGAGUCUAAAGCAAACUAUACUAAAACUCGAAGCGGAAGUUGAACUAAAGCAGCAAGAGAUGUAUUGUCUUAAAGAGGAAAACUCAAACUUAAAAGAGUGUAAUGAGAGCGAGAAGAUUGCACUUGUGGAGAAGCUUGUUGAGAAAAACCUCGUGCUGGAAAACUCUAUCUCUCAUUUGAAUAUUGAGCUGGGAGCAGCCAAAGGAAAGCUCAAUACCUUGAAGGAAGCUUGUCAGUCACUCUCCGUAGAGAAUCACCACAGCGCCAUCGAGAAACUCGUCCUCGUUGAGUUCUUCCGACAGGUUAAAUCAGAAGCAGAGAAGAGCACGGCGAGGAAGACGAUCGAUAAGUUGAUAGAUGCAGAAACCGAGAAUCUGCAGCUGAAGAGAAACCUCCUCUCUCUCAGAUCAGCCAAAGAUCGUUUAGAGGAUCGGUUACGUGAGAAGGAGAAGGAGCUUGAAGAAAUCAAAACGGAGGUUUUCAAAGAGAGGUGUCGAGUUGAACUGUGGGAGUCUCAAGCUGCAACGUUCUUCUGCGAUAAGGAGGUCUUAGCAGUACAUGAAACGUUGAAUAAAACAAUGACUCAUGAGGUUGCUGAAGCUUACAACGGUCUUAAAACUAGAAGCGUGGAUGUGGACAAGCGUAGAGCUAUUGCCUUGUUGAAUGAAAGCAUUAGAUCUUUGGAGGAUUAUGUUUUCGUUAAUGGACCUUCCAAGGGUGCUGAUUCAGUGAAUGAAUCCCUCAAGGUGGAAGAUAUGUGCCUAAGAAUCAAAGCUAUUGCAGAGGCGAUAACGGAGAAGGAAAAGCUUUUGGUCCUUGAGAACUCUAACGCUUACUCUAUGCUGGAGACAGCGUUGAAGCAAGUCAAAGAACUAAAAACCGUUAGUGGUGGUGGUGGGAGAAGCAUGAGGAAGCUGAGCGGCAAAACUCGGAAGCAGAGCAACGAAAUCGAGGUCGUAACGAAAGAUAUAGUCCUUGACCAAACUUCUGAUGGAUCAUCGUACGAGAUCACAAGCAAGAGAGACACCUUGGAGCUUGAUAGCCACAGUUUCUUCGAGUUAAAGCCUGUGAAGACUCACAAGACAGAAACAGCGGUGAAAGCGAAAGCGAAAGGUAAGUCUUUGUCUGAAGAGUCGUUGGUUGUCGAUAAGCUAGAGAUUUUCGACGGGAUCAUGGAUCCGAACGUGGAAGUGAACAAGAGGAAGGUCUUGGAGAGGCUCGGUUCGGAUCUAAAGAAGCUGGAGAAUCUUCAGAUCACUGUGAAAGAUUUAACAGAAAAAGUCGAAACUGAGGAGAGUGAGGAGUACGCGACGAUCAAAGGUUAGCUCAAAGAAGCAGAGGAAGCGGUGGAGAAACUGUUUAACGUGAAUCAGAAGCUGUCCACGAAGGCGGAGUCAGAGAAGGAUGGGAA